UUAUUUGGCGCGAUUUGGACGAUGGUCUGCCAAUGUUCGAAUGGUUUAUGUACUGAAUUGGCAUUUAUAGGACAGAGUUGUUUCAGAGUUUGUUCGUUUAAGUUGUUACUGCGUCUUUUUCUUCCACUUUGCUCGAUGUGCAUUGCAACAUCCAGCAUUGUUUUACCUAACUGGGCCAAGGGCGAAACAGACCAAGUAGCGGUUGGUUUGUUCAAAUGUUGCAAUUUUACCGAUGAAAAUCAAACUGACUGUUCACCACUGUCUGACUGUGUUCCAUCAGAUUCAAAAUUCAUUCCGCUAAGUAAGGCAGCUGCCGGUCUACAGAUCACAUACGUCCUUUUACACGUUGUAACUAUCGUACUGGCAACAAUAAGCCAAAACAAAAAAGAAUUGGAUAAACGAUUUAAAUGGCAAUUGGGCAAUGCAGUAAUUGUUUUCCUUGCAGCAGCCAUUUGCUACAUCAGCAUCGUCGUAUAUUUAUCCGGUGUCAUCCAAACCGACAUCUUAAUAGGAUAUCCAACCAACUUGUCAAUCCAUCUGACGCUGUCAUCAUGUGCUGUCUACCUCUCGUAUGCUGCCGUCUGCUUUAAAAAACUCAAGUUUCUUAUAUGCGUACCCAUUUUGACUGGUUAUAUGUAUUUUGUGGUAUCUUUUUUCCCGGAUUUUAUUGUGUAUUUUACGAUAAUAAUAGUUGUAUUAGCCGCAUUUGUAUGUUUUACGGACAGGAAAGUUAACAACAGGAACAGGAAUAGUUCAGACGACCCUACAUGCUUCAAACGUAGCUUGCAUGAACUUUAAGAUGAAGAAAUUAUAAUGACAAUCGACCCACUCUCUGUUCACGGCAUGCUAUAACUCCAAAUAUCUGUUUAUAAAACUAUAUUACCUUUUGAGCCAUUUUCAUUUGCAAAAUUGCCAUAUAUUCUCAAGUUAAACCCCAUAUACAAAAUAGGUUACACUGAUCUUUCAUAUUUUUGGUUAUAAAUAUGCAUUGCAUGUUAGUAAGAACAUGUACUCCCAAUUGAACGUGCGUAACCCCAUGAGUGAACAGAUUCGAUUUAUAAAUAUAUAUCGCCGCAAUAUACAGUAAAUAAAUGUAAUUUUGGUUUCAGAUUUUUGUCAAUGCUUACAU